AUAAACAGUAUACAACAAUCACAGAAUGGUAAACAGAAAUAAACCAUAUUCUAUAGAGCAGUGCUGAGGAUGAGUUUGAGUUUAUAAGUCUUUCAGUCUGGGGGAAGAAGCUGGUGCUGCGACAGCAGAUCUCUACCCAGACGGCAGCAGGAUGAACCAACUGUGGCUGGGUGGUACUGUCCUUUCUCAUCCUUUGGGCUCUGUGUAGUGAUGUUUGCAGUCAGGAUACUUUCUAUAGCUCCUCCGUCUGUUUUAUUUAAUCCCAGUAUCCAUUCAAAGGAGGCCUUUGUCUCCUGCCAGGCUGUUUGUGUAAAUAAGAAUCUGUUAUAAAUUAACAUGCCUGGUAUAAUAAAAGUAAAAUAAAUAAAAAUGAACACGUUAACACGUUAAGUGAGUUAUUCAAACCAGAUCGUGCAUGUUUUUAUGGCUGCACUGUUCCAUCAAAUGGAAAUAUUCUGGGUGUGUUCUACAUCAUUUCAAUCAAAUCAAUCAAAUAUUUUAAUCCAUAGCCUAGUUAAAAAAAACAAUAAUCUAAAAUGUGGCGGUCAGUGUUGAUAAUGUGAUCAACGCUUCAUUUGGCGCAUCAAUCAUUUUAUGAUACAAUGAUAGGGUCAAAGGGAACGUGGAAACAAUGGAGAGGGUUAUGAUGUGAAUGUACUUGUGUUAUUUGGUUUGUGACUUAGAAACAACAUUUAUUCAUUUUUACUUUUCCACUGUGCUGAGCUUCAGGUGGUUUCUUUUUUGGAGAUGAUUUUACCUGCUUUAGAACAUUAUUAUGCGUUAAGACGCCCCAGUUUUAUUCUUACAGAAAACACAAAAUGUCAAUAAAAAAUCUUCUGGCUGAACUAAAAAUGUCCUGAAGACAAUCUAACUGUGUUCAAAAUCAGAAAUCAAAUUAAAAAAUGUUAAUGAGGGUCCACUGUAUUUUGCUGCUCCUUCAGAGUCACAUCAAACCCGCGACCCAUUUCCUGAGUCAGUCACGUGGUAUGGCGGGCUCGCGAGGCUUCGACGUCACCACAUACGUCACCAACACGAGCCUCGACACGCGCUUCACAAAACUGACUGGAUACUGAAGGACGCAUCACCACAGCGGAGACCUGCAGGACGAUGGAGAACCAGAACCCGGACCACAGGAGCCAAACAGCAGCCUCGUGCUCUGAUAGCGCCGAUGUUCAGGGAAGGAGAAGAAGAGAGGGACUCAAAUGUCACCGCUGUCAGCUCUGUGACAAAUCCUUCACAACAUCUAGAAAUUUGAAGAUUCAUCGGAGAGUUCACACUGGAGAGAAACCGUACAGCUGUGAACAGUGUGGAAAAUCUUUCAGUACAUCAGGUGCCCUAAAAAUCCACCAACGUGUUCACACUGGAGAGAAACCAUACUGGUGUGACCAGUGUGGAAAAUCUUUCAGUACAUCAGGUGACCUAAAAAUCCACCAACGUGUUCACACUGGAGAGAGACCGUACAGCUGUGACCAGUGUGGAAAAAAUUUCCCUCGAUUAGGUGCCCUAAAACUCCACCAACGUAUUCACACUGGAGAGAAACCGUACUGGUGUGAACAGUGUGGAAAAACUUUCCCUCAAUUUGGUCACCUAAAAACCCACCAACGUGUUCACACUGGAGAGAAACCGUACUGGUGCGAACAGUGUGGAAAAACCUUCACUCAAUCAAGUUACCUAAAAAUCCACCAACGUGUUCACACUGGAGAGAAACCGUACUGGUGCGAACAGUGUGGAAAAACCUUCACUCGAUCAGGUCACCUAAAAACCCACCAACGUGUUCACACUGGAGAGAAACCGUACAGCUGUGACCAGUGUGGGAAAUCUCUCACUACAUCAGGUGACCGGAAAAUGCACACUGGAGAGAAACCGCACUGCUGUGAACCAUGUGAGAAAAGUGGGGUACAGGAACUGCCCGAGGGAAGGAGAAGAAGAGAGGGACUCAAAUGUCACCGCUGUCAGCACUGUGACAAAUCCUUCACAACAUCUAGAAAUUUGAAGAUUCAUCGGAGAGUUCACACUGGAGAGAAACCGUACAGUUGUGACCAGUGUGGGAAAGCUUACACUCAAUCAGGUCACCUAAAAAUCCACCGACGUGUUCACACUGGAGAGAAACCGCACAGCUGUGACCAGUGUGGGAAAACAUUCGCUACACCAGGUCACCUAAAAAGCCACCAACGUGUUCACACUGGAGAGAAACCAUAUAGCUUUGACCAGUGUGGGAAAACAUUCACUACACCAGGUCACCUAAAAAUCCACCAACGUGUUCACACUGGAGAGAAACCGUACUGGUGUGAACAGUGUGGGAAAACUUUCGCUCACUCAAGUAGCCUAAAACUCCACCAACGUGUUCACACUGGAGAGAAACUGUACUGGUGUGAACAGUGUGGGAAAACGUUCGCUACACCAGGUUACCUAAAAAUCCACCAACGAGUUCACACUGGCGAGAAACUGCACAGCUGUGACCAGUGUGGGAAAACUUUCGCUACACCAGGUUACCUAAAAAUCCACCAACGAGUUCACACUGGCGAGAAACCGUACAGUUGUGACCAGUGUGGGAAAGCUUACACUACAUCAGGUCACCUAAAAAUCCACCGACGUUUUCACACUAGAGAGAAACCAUACUGGUGUGAACAGUGUGGGAAAACUUUCGCUCAAUCAGGUAACCUAAAAAGCCACGAAAGUGUUCACACUGGAGAGAAACUGCACAGCUGUGACCAGUGUGGGAAAACUUUCGCUGCACCAGGUUACCUAAAAAUCCACCAACGUGUUCACACUGGAGAGAAACCGUACAGCUGUGACCAAUGUGGGAAAACUUUCACUACAUCAGGACAACUAAAAAAGCAUCAACGUGUUCACGCUGGAGAGAAACCAUAUAGCUGUGACCAAUGUGGGAAAACUUUCACUGCAUCAGGUCAGCUAAAAAUCCACCAACGUGUUCACACUGGAGAGAAACUGUACAGCUGUGAACUGUGUGGGAAAACUUUCAUUACAUCAAAUCAACAAAAAAUCCACCAACGUGUUCACACUGCAGAGAAACCGUACAGCUGUGAACAGUGUGGGAAAACUUUCGCUCAAUCAAGUAACCUAAAACUCCACCAACGUGUUCACACUGGAGAGAAACUGCACAGCUGUGAACAGUGUGGGAAAACUUUCGCUCACUCAAGUAGCCUAAAAAUCCACCAACGUGUUCACACUGGAGAGACACCAUACUGGUGUGAACAAUGUGGGAAAACUUUCACUCAAUCAGCUCACCUAAAAACCCACCAACGAGUUCACACUGGAGAGAAACCGUACAGUUGUGGCCAAUGUGGCAAAUCUAAUACCAACAGGAGAACUCUUAGAAGACAUAAAUCCAUUCACAAAGCGUCAGUGUGACAUUUUUCACAGAGCCGAGCUAGCUGUUUCCUUCUGCCCUGAAUACAACCACCUGUUAUCAUGCGAUUGUGCUGGACUAACGUCAUGUGAUGACAGCUGAGGAAGUUUGAUUUGGAAAGAGCUGGAAAGCAGUAGUCCAGAGGUUUUAUCAGCCAACAACAAAAUUAAAUUGCAGUAGCCAGAUUUCAAUUUUUAUGGUACUGUAAGUAGAAUUCACAUAGUUUACAGAAUAAUGUCAAGAUUUGGACCUGAAUCCAUCAAUAACACUACUAAAUACUCAUGCAGAUUGGUAAUCAGCUGAAAUAAGAGCUUUGGGGGUUUAGUGACUCUUUAAGAAGGCCAUGGGAUGUGGUCAAAAGCUCCAACAAAGAGGUAGUAUGUGAUGUUCACUAAUUUAUCACAGAUGUAGUAAUAAUAAGUGUGCUCCGAUCGAUCGGUCACCGAUCGUAAUCUGCCGAUAAUGGCUUUAAAUAGUUUGAUCAGUGGUCUCUAAAAAGGCAGAUCACAAAAGUCGAUCAGAUGAUGCAAUACUUUCCGGACAAAUUUUCAACGGCAGCUAAAAUGGUUCCCUAAAACUCCUUUUCAG